AUUGUAGAACCAGAGAGAGCGAGAUGCUUUCUUUUUCCAUACGCCAAUCCUCUAUCUCUCCCCUUUAAUUUCUUCCAAUUUCCUUCGUUUUUUUACUCUUACACUUCCCGUUUUGGGAACCUACAAACCCUUCUCUUUAUCUAUUUCAUUGCCGAUUAGAUCUCACCGGCAAUCUGACACACUCCCAACAAAUUUGUCAGCGACACUGUCGAAUCAAACUUCACAAUUACAACCCUUCCAAACCAAUCUACACUCUCUUCACCCACCACUUGUUUUUUUAUUUUUUUUGCUCUUCUGCCGAUCGUCGGGAUUCAAGCGGGGUCAAAUGGAAGGGGUGCUUUCAGCUUCCGAUAAGCAGAGUAUGGUCUCCUCCUUCCUUGAGAUUGCUGUCGGCCAAACUGCCGAGACUGCUACGCAAUUUUUGCAGGCAACAAGUUGGAAGCUUGAGGAUGCUAUUCAGCUGUUUUAUGUCGGUAAUGAAGGAGGAGUGGCUGUACCCCCACCUGUACCUUCUCCUCCAACUACAAAUGAACAAAUCAAUUCUUCAACUGAUCAGACAUCCGAUGAACCUGGAAAGCAUGUGGGAGCUGGAACAUUUGGACAAUUUGAGGAUGAGGUCCGCCCUCCCUUACCUGUUAUAAGGGAAGCUCUUUAUGAUGAUGCAAUGUUGUAUGGAACAACUAUGGGCUAUCUGCCAAAUGAAUCUGGAUCAUCAAUAGGACUACGGAACGCGCAAAAUGAAGUGAAACAUCAUGAUGUUUGGGAAUCAGAAGAAGGUGCAGCAUCCACAAGUGGCAAUUCUCGAGAUAAUUUAGCUUCUUUAUACCGCCCUCCUCACCAUUUGAUGUUCAUUGGGCCUUUUGAAAAGGCAAAAGGUGCUGCCUGCAUCCAGGACAAGUGGCUGAUUGCAAAUCUGCAGUCGACCAAGGAAUUCAGCUCGCACAUGCUUAACCGGGAUACAUGGGCAAAUGAAGCUGUUUCUCAAACCAUUACUACCAAUUUUAUUUUUUGGCAGGUUUAUGAUGAUUCAACUGAAGGCCAGAAGGUUUGCACAUACUAUAAACUACAAUCAAUUCCUGCUGUUCUUGUCAUUGAUCCCAUCACUGGGCAAAAAAUGCACUCUUGGUUCGGAAUGGUUCAACCCGAACGGUUACUUGAGGAUCUAUUACCCUUCAUGGAUGGAGGUCCGAAGGAUCAUCAUGUUACCUUAUCUCAUAAACGUCCAAGGGAGAGUUCCAUGACUCCACCUAAAGUUAGAGAAGAGGAUUAUGAGGAGGACGAGGAAGUGCAACGUGCAUUGGCAGUUUCUUUAGAAGGCAUGAAGGAAACAGUCAAAUUAUCUUCUGAGGAUAAUAAGGAUGCAAAAAGUAGUGAGAAGGAAGAAGAGAAGUGCCCAACUUAUCCACCAUUGCCUGAAGAACCCAAAGGUGACAGAAAUCUUCUUUGCAGGAUCGGAUUCCGUCUUCCCAAUGGACGUAGAUGCCAAAGGAGUUUCCUCCGAACCGAUCCCAUCCAGUUGCUUUGGUCAUUCUGUUCUUCUCAGUUAGAGGAAGGUGGCACAAAGGCAUUCAAAUUGACACAUGCAAUACCAGGAGCUACAAAGUCUCUGAAGUAUGAUACCCAAAUGACAUUUGAGGAAUCAGGGCUUGCUAAUUCAAUGAUCUCUGUCACUUGGGACUGAGAAAUGUCUAUUCCCAAAGAAACAUAGUUUGUGUAAGUAGUCAGUCAGUCAGUCAGUCAGUCAGUCGGUCACUGCAUUGCAUUUUGUGGGUUUUCUUCUGCAUUCUUCAUUUACGUUGGGUAAAAGGUUUAGCUAGCUAGGCUGUGAUAUUCUACUGUGUUUUUCCAUUUCCUUUUGAAAAAGCAUACACACCUACACAAGGGACAUGGUUGUAACUAGGAGUUGUGAAUUUACCAUUCCCUCCCUCCUAUGCAUGUGCGUGUGUGUUUGUGGUGCUCGUGAUUUAUGUGUGGCUUUGUCUAUCACAUUCUUAGAAUCGAAGGUAGUAGAUUAUGGUCGAAAA